CGCCGUACUUGAUUCUUAUAUCAAGUCCAUGAAAUUGAAAAUACAUAAUAAUCUUUCAGUAUAUGUAUAUUAUCGUUUUAAAAUAAAAUGAUAGCUUUUAUAAUAUACUUGAUCUUAAAUUUAACUCUGAAAUUCGAUCGAGAAAAUUGAUUCUAGAAUUUCCUAAUUCUUGAAUCAGAUCUACUGAAAUGCGAUCUUAAAACGUAAUGUCACAUCUGUCGAGUACGUUUUGUUAUGAAUGAUAGAUUUAGCAUCAGUUCUUUAAUAAUUAUUGUUUAAAAAUGGAUAGGUCUACUCUAAGAGAAGAAAUCCUUGAAAGAAAAAAGGUGAAGAAAAAACUUAGCAAGGCACAAAUGCAGUUAGCAAUAAUUAAGAAAAAACAAUGUGAUGCUAAAGCUCUUACAAUUGUUGAACAACUUUUAGAACCUAAAAUAGAUUCUGACUGGCUUUUAGAUAAUCUAAAACAUAUUAACAAAAGUCAUAUGGAAGAUGUGAUUGAAGAAAGAGGAAUAACCAAAUUAUGUGGUUAUGUAUUAUGUAGUAACGCAUUAAAAACUAUCAUUGAACAACAAUAUUAUAUAUCAACAAAAAAGAACAAAGUUUAUGAUGUAACCAAACGUAAAAAUUUUUGUAGUUCACGUUGUUAUGGAGCUAGCAAUUAUCUUUUACAACAAAUGCUUACAAGUCCUCUUUGGUUAAGAGAUAAAGAAGAAAUACCAGUCUUUAAAGUAUUGCCAGCUAAAGAUGAAUUAGAAAAAAGCAUACCUGGAGAUGAGAUUCAGUUCAAUGACACAAUUGUAAUAUUAAAUUCUGAUAACAAAGAUGAACCAGCAGAAUCUAAUACAGAAGUUGAUGCACAUGAUGAAGAGAAUGCAGUAGAAAAUUCUGAAACAGUUAAUACAUACAUAGAAUUAAACAAUAGUGAAAUGCCAAGUGUUUCUAAAGAAGAGAGUUCAAAAAAUUUGGAUGAAUUUGGAGAUAUAAAAGAUGUACCCAUUGAUUCCAAGGGUAUGAUUGAUAAUGUUAAACAAUGCAUGGAUAAUAAUGAUGAUGAUAAAAAAAUGUUUACCUUAGAAAAUAGUAUUAUACUAGAUGAUUCUAAGAUUGAUGAUACAAACAAUUUAAGUGAUACUGUUUCUAUAAAUAAAGAUGCGGAUCAAAGUGUAAAAAAUGAUCAAGAAAAAAAUAAUGUAACUAUCAGUAAGCAAGAUACAAACAUUAGUAAUGAUGGUGCACAAAAAAUGGGAAAAAUUCAACAAAAUAAGCCUAAACGAAAAAACGUUACUAAAGAUAAGCAAUCGAGUGAAUUUUAUAAUCUUGCAAUGAAUAUUGAACAUAGUAUAAAAGGGUGGAUUACAGAAGAUACAAUUUCUUUAUUGUCAGGCGAAGAAGAUACUAAAACUCGAUUAUUGGAAAAUAUAAUACAACAUGAUAGAUACUUGCACUUAUGUAAAAAAUUAAAUAAGUUACAACUGGAAGAUGAAAAAGAUGAUAAUACAGACGUAACAAAGAAUACUUUAAAACCUUUGCCACACUUGUCUGUUCUUCAAGAAGAAGGACAAAAAAUGGAAUUAAAAGUACGGGCAUUCUACAAGGGCAGUACGAUUGUAGAAGAUCCUAAAAAUACUGCAAAAGAUGUCGAACAGGGUAGUGACUUGGUUCCCGUAUUACCUUUGAUAGAUUCACAUGCACCGAAAGCGCUUCGACGUCGAAUCUUUCUAGAUAAACUUAAUAGAAUAUUACCUGAUUUAUUAAGGGCGUUAGCGAGUAAUAAACUGCCACAGUAUAUUUACAGCAAUGAAAAGAGUGCUUUAAUUAAAGCACUAGUUAAUACUUUUUCAUUAUCAGCCACAAAUAUUAUUUUUAAAACUGCUGAAUGGACUCUUGUGGGUCUUGUUAUUAUUAAAAUGUUGAGUAUGAUAGAUCCACAGUUGAAAUUUUUAUUAUCAAGUAAACAGGCAUCAAUGUAUAUUUCGAUGAUUUUGAUGUCAUAUAAAUUAGAUCCAAACUAUUUGAACCGAUUAGUGAUGGAAUUGACUAAUAUAAAAAUAUCGAAUAUCGAUAAUACUACAAAUCUAUAAUCUAUUUUAUAUUAUGUGCACUAUUUAUUCUUCACAAAUAAAAAUGAACCUGGUGUAGGUACACCGGUAAGAGGAGAAGGUGGACAAUCUAGCCCUAAUGUGUCCAUCUGAGCUGCUGUUGUUAACUGCUCUUCUGUAGAACGGCUUCCAAUUUUAUCACGUAAAGCUUCAUAAAGAUUAUGUACAGCUUCAUUAUGCUUAAAUAAUAAAACGUAAUUAUAGAUGAAAUAUAUUUUA